GGGCCUCAAUAUUAGUCCAUCAUUUACCAGAGGUUGCCCAGAUACACUCACGACACUGGCCUGUAGAAGGGCUGGACUGAGUAAAGCAGGGGGGUAGGGAGCGGAAAAGUCGAGGGGCAUAGGAGCAAUGUUUGAUGGCAAGGGGGUAGUUUGAUGUCUGAUAAUUGGCAGAUUGAUGGGGUUCUGGGGUAGAAGGUGAGGCUUUUGAUCGCUUGCGUGUGGAAUGAAGGACUUAGCGAGAAUCGAGAGUCGAUCAGGCCCCACUAGAGGAUAGAUAAUAGGGCGAAGAGUCUAAGCAAAACUAUCGGGCAAAUAUCCAACCCCCCCGCGCGAAAUAUCGACCCCCUCUCCCCCCUGUGAAAGCUCGAGCUUGGAAUUCGAUCAUCUGUCACUUCUUCCUUACUGUACCUGUUAUCACCUUUUCAAUCCCUCUCCACCCUUUCUCGCAGAAAUACUCUGCUAUCUUUCAUCAUGUCUGCAGUCGUUUCGAAGAAGUUGAAGUUCAAGGGCGAGAAACCCAAGAAGAAGAAGAGAUCUCAUAAGGAGGUGGAUGAGGGCGGAGUUGAGGAGUCUUCAGGAGAUCCCAACGGCUGGAUCUUUCCUACCGAUGCAAUGGAGAUUACCGGGCCGUCGUACAUCUUGUUACCGUCCAAUCCGCCAACCUGUCUAGCUUACGAACCGACUCGGCAACGAGUAUUCGCGGCACCGCUCACCCUGCCUGUCGCGCCAGAGGGAGAGGAUGAGCUCAGCUUCAACGAGAUCAUGGAAGUGGUAGAACCGUCAGAUAUCAACCACGUCUGGGUUAUCUCCCGAUUAUCAGGCUCAGAGGACGUCGUAUCCCUUCGAACGAGUUCCGGUACCUUCUUGACGGCCGCAUCAUCGGGUGUCCUUUCGGCUUCGACACCAUCCCGAGGACCUCUAGAAGCAUUCGUACCCACCUUGACGGUCGGUUCAUCGAUCCACCCUACGCUAUCCCUCAAGACAUCCUCAGACAAAUACCUCUCGAUCUCUAUCAAUGCCGAGAAACUCACUCUGGGCAAACCCCAGAUCGAGCUCCGAGCGGACGCAGACGAGGUCGGGCAGAUGGAAGGUCUGCGGAUCAAGUGUCAGCGGGAUUUCGUCAACAAGGCGAGGGCGGAGUUGGCGGGCGGUCCCAAGGGCAAGAAGCGGAAUACCGAGUCGGGGCGAACGAUCGAUAUCGAGGGUACGCUCGAGGAUGAGAGGGAGAGAAACGCCAAGUUCCAGGCAUGGAAUCUAGGCAAAUCUGUGGUAUCUGACGCGGAUCGACAUGACGUCAAGAAGGCGAAGAAAGAGGGCAGGUUAGCAGAGGCCAUGUUGGACAGGCGACAGAAGCUGAAACAUGACAAGUAUUGUUGAUUCGGUAGUAUGGGCUACAACAGUGAAUGCA